AUGACAACUCUAGUAACUGAUACUAAUGUUUUAAAAUGCACACCGAAUCUAUGCUCUCAUAACAGUCAACGAGCAUCCCACGAACUCUAUUUGUCCUGCCUCUCUCCGGAUGAAUUGGCUGCUUGGGGUGCUAAAUAUCCAGCUGAUCUUAGUUAUCGAGUUGAACUGGCACGUCGCAUCGCUUUCACAUUUGACGAUGCGGACCAGCUUAUUAUUUUCGAUGAUAUUGCUAUUCAAAUGCUCGGAUCGGAGCCUAGCAAGAUAGCCUAUCUUCGUGGUUUCGAUCGAUCAUUUCUUCCUGCUCUCUGGCUAUCAACUGGAUUUCGUUGUGGUGGUCGAAUUCUCGUUUAUGCGCCACCAAAUCCUGUCGAAUUGGAAGCAUACUUGAAACUGAAGUCUCUUAUUGAACAAUAUUUACAACGGACAGUGCGCAUUGAAAUCCUGUACGAAGAUUUGACUGGUCAUGUUCUGGAAUUGAUCCGUUUGUUCGAAGACAAUCCGAAGCAAUAUACAACACUCUGUGAAGAGUUCGCUCAACAAUCCUCUAAAGAAUUCUAUCCAUUGUAUCACGUUCAUAUGCUGAAACGGCAUUUUGAGAUAAUUACUAAAGAUGUUCGCCGAUCAUUCGUUUUUCCCUAUGACAUGACUGGAUUACAUCAACGUGAACUUAAAAUGUACUCCGAUCGCUUAUCAUUACCAGACAUAUCGAAAAAUGAUAAGGCUAGGCAUCACUUUGUUCUAAAAUCAAAAGGAUUUACGGCUUUGCCACGAAUGAUAGCUGCCGCCGCAGAAGGUUCAUUAAUCGAAAGCUAUGAAGAAUACACGAAAAUUCUCAAAAAGCUCAACACAACCCAUACAAAAAAUACACGUAAUAAUAUCGAGAUCUUUGCUCGAGGUAUCAUACAAGCAAUUGAUCAAUUGCACAACAGAUUCGAUUUGCCUGCGUUCGUCAAGUUGGACUCAUGUGGUGCAGGUGGUUGGUCAUCUAUGAGUCCAAAUGUACAUCCCAUUAUCUACGAUUGUAAGAAAGAUCAAGAAGAACGCGUAUCCUACCUGCAACAACACAUCGAAAAGACACUUGAUGGUGAUCUGUUGCCAGAAAUGGCUGUAGUAGAAGAAUUGAUCGAACCACAAAAGCGCUCAGGUGACAUCGAUGCUGAUUAUACUGUCUGCGGUUUUGUUCUCAAUGGAAAAUUCUUUCCUACUUCCAUCAGUCUUUGUGGAACAGAAAACGGAGCAUAUAUUGAACAAUGGACUUCAUCGUCACCGGCUGAUCUUCAGGAUUCAUUAACAAUCUGGCAAAUGAUGUUUGACACAUAUUCACUCAUGAUUGAUUUGGAAGCUACUGAAUUUGGUUAUAUGAAUGGACUCUAUGCCGGUGAUUUGUUUAUUACGAAAGAUGGUCAAUUAAAACAGCGCGAUUGGAAUAUUCGCCGUGGUGGACGAUCAUCACCUGAGACUGGACGGAAAAAUGAAUAA